AUCGCCUUUUUCGCUUUAUUUCUCUCUUUCCUCAAGCUUCUUCUAACUAGCUCCACUCAAAAGAAACACAACGAACAACAACGCUGAAGAACGCAGUGAAUGUGCUGCUUGAAGAGAUGUGACUCCUUACGCAAGGCGUAUUCAAUUGAGUGGCUAUUUUAGAGUCCGCGUCACGUAGCGUACUUCUUUUGUUCGACACAACUUGCCUUUAAGUCUCGCAAGCAAUACAUAAACGCUGGAGUGAGCGAUGCUAGAAAACACUGGCACUGUAGGAGCACUCCCAUACGUUAGCGUCUACGUGCGAUAGGAUACUUCGUGAAAAGCCAGGACACCGGUGCAAGUCGCUUUGAAUCGUUGACGCAACUUCUGUCUGUCUCUCGUACUGAAGAACUUGUUUCGUGACGGUUUGCUGUUCGGCACAAAUGCUUUCAUGACAAAUACAGGCAUGCGCAUUGCUGGAUUGAAGUUAGUUAGUUAGUUAGUUAGUUAGUUAGUUAGUUGGAAAUAACGAAUAGCUAGCAAAUGAUUGACAUUGCAAAAGUAAACUACCUGCUCGGUGCGGCUGGUAUGUUGCUUUUGUCUACGAUGAGGAAGGGCGUGACAGCGACGGAUGUCCAGACUAACCAUCCUUUGCCCCCUCACACUCACGCCUACGGGGUACUACAGCGGCAUCUAUACACUGUAGAAGACUACUGCGAGAAUGAUCUACGAACAAUCCGAUUCCACGAGGCACUUCUUAUACGAAGCCAAAGGCCGCAUAGGAAAUUAUAUCUGGGCGGAGUACAGUGCACUAUGACACUGAAUGCGUCUCACAAAGAUAUUGGCCUUAUUAUAGCUAUGAAGACGCUGGUCACGCGAAGUCAGCUCGACAAUUUGACCCUGAGGUUAGCGGGAAGCUCGGAACCUGUGACAUUAUUUGGCAAUUUAUUUGACGGAGAUUCUCCUAAUCACUUCAAUGUGUCCAAUAACGGAGAAGUGGAACUUACGUGGAUGACCGCUAAUCGGUCCUCCGUCAAAAAUCUUACUGCUACUGGACGUGGUUUUGAUAUGGUCGUUACCGCGUUCAAGGCAAAAUGCGAAGGCAAUGAUACGCUGUUGCAUGGCUGUUUCAAGUGCCUGACCGGAUCCCGUUUUAUUAGCGCAAUUCAUGUUUGCGACAAUCACAAUAAUUGUGGGGAUCUCAGUGAUGAAAAAUGCUCUAACGAGUCUGUAUCAAGUGUCACUAUAGUGGCCAUUGUUCUGGCUGUAGGCGCCGUAAUUUUAGGUCUUAUUUUUGCAACAGCUUACCAACUGAAAAAAUGUCUUCGAAGACGUAAAAUUCUUGCUUUUGAUGAUUCACUGGCCAGCGGCGUAGUAUCGUAUCUUCACGUAGACGAUUGCCAGGAGUCGACGCCGUUGACUCGCGUCGAUCUAGUCCCAGAUAAGGAAAGACAAGACAAUGAAAAGCUUUCUAAUAAAAGUCAUUAAUAUUCGUUCGUUCAAUCUCCGACCCAGCCACUAUCAACCACUCCAACAAGCGAAUCUAUAAGGAAGACUACUUUCUCGAACAGCCCCUCGGUGUCAAGCAGUACAAUGUGAUGCUACCUGUGCUCAGUCUCCCUGUAAUGAACUUCACGGUGAAGAAUUUUCUCGUAGCGAUUAGCGCAGCGCGCAACGAAUUAAAUGACAGUCAAUAAAGGCGCCAAUUGAACGAUUGAAAGGCAUUCCCAUCCCGAUGAAAAGAAAAAUAAAAGCCAAUGACAAAUCGGUGGCCAUGAUGAUCCUAUUCGACGACAACUACUCACAGCCGGUAAUAUAACUUUAUUCUGAAGCAAGCAUCGAACGAAGCAACAGACGAUCUGAAAGUAAACAUAUUGUUAGUGUUUAUUGGACCGAUUUUCUCGUUUGGAAAAAAUUAAGUUGUCUAUUCCGUAACCCUAUCAUAGCUGAAGAUGAAUUGGCACCUGUGAUUUUGACCAGCCAUUCUAUACGUUUAGCGGUUGAGUAAUCGUGCCAUCUAAAAACCAUGUGUAUACAUAUUGAAAUGCAGCUUGAAAAAUAGC